AAGAAAAAAAAAAACAAAUUAAAAUCAGAACCAAGCAUCCAACCCGGGGCAGGAAGUGUGUGCGAUAAGUAGAGUGUUUUUAGCUCAGCACGAGAUAAGACACUUUCUUGCAGUAAAGAAAGGGUACCGUGAUUAAAACGAGCAUUGUCUCGUUCACGGAGCGCGUGAUAUCCCCCCGUAAUCCGCCUCGAAACGAUCGAGGAUGGGUGGUAUCACAGCUUUAGCACCGAUCGUCCUUCUGAUGGCACUGACCAUCGGAACGGCUCGUUCGGAACUGACACCACCGUACUUCAAUUUGGCCGAAGGACGUAAAAUAACUGCCACCGCCACGUGCGGCGUUGAUACCGAUGGUCCUGAGCUGUACUGUAAGCUGGUCGGUGCCAACACGGAAAACGAUAACCAGAACCAAUACUCGGUGAUCCAGGGACAGGUUUGCGAUGUGUGCGAUCCUUCCGAUCCUGACAAAAGCCACCCUCCGGAGUACGCGAUCGAUGGCACGCAGAACUGGUGGCAAAGUCCACCGCUGUCUCGUGGCAUGAAGUACAACGAAGUCAACUUAACGAUUGAUUUUGGUCAGGAGUUCCACGUGGCUUAUCUGUUCAUUCGAAUGGGCAACUCGCCGCGUCCGGGACUAUGGUCGCUCGAGAAGUCUAGCGAUUACGGCAAAACAUGGACCCCGUGGCAACACUUCUCCGACUCUCCGGCCGAUUGUGUGACAUUCUUCGGCGCGGACACCCUGAAGCCGCUUCAGAACGAUGAUGAUGUAAUCUGUACGAUGGACCAUUCGAAGAUUGUUCCCCUCGAAGGUGGAGAGAUUCCGAUUCGUUUACUUAACAAUCGCCCGUCGGCAAACAACUACUUCAAUUCGUCCACCUUGCAAGAAUGGAGCCGAGCUACGAACGUGCGCAUCCGUCUGCUGCGGACGAAGAAUUUGCUUGGUCAUCUGAUGUCCGUCGCCAGACAAGAUCCGACGGUUACGAGACGUUAUUUCUACUCGAUCAAGGAUAUCUCGAUUGGAGGCCGUUGUGUAUGCAAUGGCCACGCAAACACGUGCAAUGUGCUUAGUCCACGAUCGUCAAAUCGUAUCCUGGCCUGUCAGUGUCAGCACAACACGUGCGGAAUCCAGUGUGCCGAGUGUUGUCCUGGUUUUGAGCAGAAGAAAUGGCGACAAAACACGAACGCACGACCGUUCCAGUGCGAGCCUUGCAACUGCCAUGGACAUUCGACGGAGUGUGUCUACUCCGAAGAGAUCGACGAUAAAGCACUGUCACUGGACAUUCACGGAAACUACGAGGGUGGUGGUGUCUGUCAAAACUGUCAACACAACACGAAAGGCAUCAACUGUAAUCAGUGCCAGGACAAGUACUACCGGCCAUAUGGCAGAUACUGGAAUGAAACGGACGUUUGUCAGCCGUGCGGUUGCGAUCACUUCUACUCGACCGGAAACUGUGAGGAGGAAACUGGACGCUGUGAAUGUCGUACGGAGUUUGAACCACCGAACUGUGAUUCCUGUUCGUACGGUCACUUUGGGUAUCCCAACUGCCGGCAGUGCGAGUGCAAUUUGAACGGUACGAUCGGAUAUUACUGCGAGGCGGUCGAUGGAACCUGUCCGUGCAAGCACAACUUCGAUGGACCACAUUGCAAGCAGUGCGCGAAGGAGUACUACGGUUUCCCGGAUUGCGAUCCUUGCAAUUGUAACAUGCACGGCUCGGUUGAUCGAGUGUGUGAUGAGGGUAACGGACAAUGUCAGUGUAAACCCAACUUUGCCGGACGACUUUGCGAUACUUGCAAGGAUGGUUUUUACCGAUACCCUGAUUGUACUUAUUGUAAUUGUGAUGUGCGUGGUACUUUGGAUGAGGUUUGUGACAAGAACUCGGGCAUGUGUCUGUGCCGUGAAGGAUACGGAGGUCCUCGGUGUGACCAGUGUAUUCCCGGUUACUACAACUACCCGGAGUGCGUGCCGUGCAAUUGUUCCAGUGCCGGCAGUACGUCGACGGUUUGCGACCCAACUGGACGGUGCUCUUGCUUGGAAAACUUUGGCGGAAGACAGUGCACAGCUUGUCUGGCCGGUUAUUACCAGUAUCCGGAAUGUUUGUCCUGUAACUGUGACUCUUAUGGUUCGUUGGCGAAAUCUUGCACAAACGAGGGCCAGUGUCAAUGUAAGGACAAUUUCGAUGGAAAGAACUGCCAGCAGUGCAGGGAAGGGUUCUACAAUUUUCCCGCGUGCGAGGAGUGCAACUGUGAUCCGGCAGGAGUGAUCGCAAGGUUCGCCGGAUGUGGUUCCGUACCGGCCGGGGAGCUGUGUCAGUGCAAGGAGCGAGUGCAUGGUCGAAUUUGCGACAAAUGCAGACCAUUGUACUGGAAUCUCACCGCUACAAAUCCGCAUGGUUGUCAGGACUGUGAAUGCUUCAUCGAUGGCACGAUUGGAGCGCUGGAUACUUGCGAUACGAAAACGGGCCAGUGCGCAUGUAAACCAUCGGUUACGGGACGUCAGUGCGCUGAGUGUAAAGAUGGUACGUUCGAUCUGUUCGGAUCGUAUCUGUUCGGUUGCAAGGACUGCGGAUGUGACAUUGGCGGUUCGGCUGAUAAAGUGUGCAACAAGGAAACCGGACAAUGCCGCUGUCAUCCGCGUGUAUCCGGACGAACUUGUUCGUAUCCGCUGACCACGCACUAUUACCCGACGCUGUAUCAAUUCCAGUUUGAGUACGAGGAUGGCUACACACAGUCUGGGGCUCAGGUGCGCUACCAAUUCCAUGAGGAUGUGUUCCCCGGAUUCAGCAGCCGUGGGUAUGCUGUCAUGUCGUCACUGCAGAACGAAGUGAUAAACGAGGUUAACGUGAUGAAAUCAUCCGUUUACCGGUUGGUGAUUCGGUACAAGAACCCUAAUCCUGAUAACGUAGUGGCCACGAUUCUCAUUACACCGGACAACCCGACGGAGGUGGAACAGAAAACGAAGGUUCUUUUCAAGCCUACCGAACACCCGGAAUUCGUUACCGUAUCUAAUGCGAAAGGAGAGGUUCCUUCGCCGGUCGUACUGGAUCCUGGAAGCUACACUAUUAGCAUCAAAACGGACAAGUCGGUGUUCCUCGAUUACUUCGUGUUGCUACCGGCCGCCUACUAUGAAGCGUCCAUAUUGACGAAAAAGAUCGAGAAUCCGUGUGAAUUUACGGAUCUGGGUCUGUGUCGGCAUUACCAAUAUCCCAGCGUGUCUCCGUACAAUCCACAAACCGAAGCGUUCAUCAUUGAAGAUGGGCAGAGCUUUAAGCCGGUGGAGUACUUCAAAGACUUCGAGCACUUGGAUGUGGUGCAGCAGCAAGACCUGCCGAUCAUAACGAGCGAUCAGCGCGAGCUGCUGUAUCCGAUGGAGGUGCCGCAUACCGGACGUUACGUCGUUGUCGUCGAUUACAUCACGUACCGCAACGUGUCCGAGGUGGCUGUUUUGCAGAUCAAUCUCGUUGGGGAUUUCGAUCAGGAUGGAUCGGCAACUGCCUACCCGUGCAAGUACACCACCGUCUGCCGGCAGCCCGUAAUCGACAGGGAGUCACGCGAAAAGAUUUUCUUCCUUGAUCCGAAAAACCGCAAACCAAUCAUGGUGAAAAGCUCGGACUUGUUCGGUGAUAUCGCAAUUAAAUCCGUCACGGCCAUACCGUACGAGGAUUGGUCCACGGACUACAUUCGACCGAACUCGGUGUGUAUCAUGCAGAAUGGUAAAUGUGUCCAGACAAGCUACCGUACCGCACCGGACUCGAAGAAGAUUGAGUUUGAAACCGAAAAUGAGUACCGGGUAGCUGAGGAGGUCCCGAGACAACUGUACGACAACAGCACCAAGUUGAUCCUGCUGGAUCAGAACCAACCGGACGUUAGCAUUAAAGCCAAGAUACAGCAUCCGAAUCGGUACGUGUUGAUCGUCAAGUUCUUCCAACCGGACCAUCCCUCGUUCAAUGUGCAGUACAGAAUCGAAACCGAGCGGCAAAACUACGACGGGCGGCUCGAGGUACGUCACUGUCCCGCCAACAGUGGGUGUCGAGAGGUGCUGAAACAGGACAAUGGAUACAUCGAGUUCGAUCUGGAGGACAACAUGGAGAUUACGAUCGUGAACGGUGGUAGCAAGCGCGUGUGGGUAGACUACGUUCAGCUGAUUCCGGCCGAACAGUUCCAUAAUGGGUUGCUGCAGGAGGAGACGUUCGAUCAGACGAACGAAUUCAUUCAACAUUGUGGACAGGAUCAUUUCCACAUUCAGACGAACGCGAGUGAGUUCUGUAAGAAGGCCGUGUUCUCACUCACAGCCGAUUACAACAGCGGAGCUUUGCCGUGUAAUUGCGAUUACUCCGGCUCGACAAGCUUCGAGUGUGAACCGUUCGGUGGCCAGUGUCAGUGUAAGGCGCACAUCAUCGGGCGUAAAUGCGAGGCUUGCAAGACCGGAUACUACGGUUUUCCGGAUUGUAAACCAUGCGACUGUCCGUCUACCGCACAGUGUCACAAGGAUACCGGGGAGUGCGUGUGUCCGGAUCGUGUGACGGGAGAAAAAUGCGAUCAAUGUGUCCCGUACACGUUCGGGUACGAUCAGAUCAUCGGUUGUGAGGAGUGCAGCUGUAAUCCGUUGGGUGUGGCGUACAACAACCUGCAAUGUGACAUGGAGAGUGGAUUGUGUGAUUGUAAAUCGAAUGUGGUCGGUCGUAAGUGUGACCGGUGCCAGUAUGGGUUCUACAAUUUCCCGUACUGUGAACCGUGCCACUGCGAUAUCCGUGGAACAACGUUCGAAAUAUGCGAUCAAGCGGAUGAGAGCUGUUUCUGCAAGAAGAACGUACAAGGAAUCGAGUGUAGCACGUGCGUCGAUGGAACGUACAAUCUGCAAGCGAACAACGUGGAUGGAUGUACGAAAUGUUUCUGCUUUGGUCACUCGAGCCGCUGUCAGACGGCGUUCUUGCGGCCGUUCAACGUGAGCAUGAUGAAGGACGUGACGCUGAACACGAUUCGAUUGUCGGGUGGUAAGGCCACCAUCACGCCGUGGAUCGUUACGGAGGACAUCAUGCUGAACGAGACGUCCGCUGAGGUGUCACUAAGCGACUUUGAAAAUCCGGAUCCGUCGACAACCGGUAUGGUGUACUUCGGGAUGUUGGAUCAUCUGUUCGAUCUGAACAAUCACCUGUCGGCGUAUGGUGGCUACCUGACGUACAAGGUUCACUUCACGAAUGGGUUGUUCGGAAGUGCGCUGAUCGGAGCGGACGUGAUACUCGAGGGCAAACAGCUGGAGGUCAUGCACCAAAGCUAUCGACAACCGUCCUCGAACCAGGUGUUUGGCGGUAGCGUGGAAAUCAUCGAGAGUAACUUCCAAACCAUCGCCGGUGGUCCGGUUAGUCGGGAACAGUUUAUGAUGCUGUUGCGAGAUCUUAAAAACAUCUACAUUCGAGCGUCAUACUGGGAAAACGGACUGACCACGGUGAUCUCGGACGUUAGCCUUACGAUGGCACACGAUGAUCUAGACAAUCCACAGAUGUAUCGCGAGUUAUCGAUCGAAAACUGUGACUGCCCGCCGGGUUACAGCGGUCGAUCGUGUGAGGAUUGUGCACCAGGGUACUACAGAGAUCCGAAUGGACCGUAUCUGGGGUAUUGCAUCCCGUGCGAGUGUAACGGACAUGCGGCGACGUGUGAUUGUAAUACUGGCAUUUGUCACGACUGUCAACACUACACGACGGGUGAUCAUUGUGAUCAGUGUAUCGAAGGGUACUACGGUAAUGCUAUGCGUGGAACCCCGAACGAUUGUAUGAUUUGCGCCUGUCCGUUGCCGGUGGAGUCGAACAACUUUGCCACGUCGUGCGAAGUGUCUGAAGAUGGGUACGAAAUUCAUUGCGCCUGCAAGCCCGGAUAUCACGGAGAAAAGUGUCAGAGCUGUGCGCCCGGGUACUAUGGACAGCCUCAGGUCGAGGGUGAGUUCUGUAAACCCUGCGAUUGUUCCGGCAACAUUAACGCCGAAGAGCCGGGUGCUUGUGAUUCGGUGUCGGGCGCGUGUUUGCUUUGCCUCAACAACACCUCCGGAACGGCGUGUAAUCUUUGCGCGCCAGGAUUCUACGGUGAUGCCAUUCACCUGAAAGACUGCCAGAGCUGUAUCUGCGACAAAACCGGCAUGUACGAUUGUGACAGCUUCGUAGGCACAUGCAACUGCCUGCCGAACGUGAUCGGAGAGAAGUGCGAUCGUUGCGAAGAGGAUCAUUACGGAUUCGAAACGGGACGCGGUUGUUCACCGUGUGAUUGUGGAAUCGCCUCGAACAGUUCGCAGUGUGAUGAUCACAGCGGAAAGUGUGCCUGCAAACCGGGAGUCACUGGACGGCAAUGUGAUCGUUGUGAGCCUGGUUACUGGAACUAUUCGGAGUUGGGUUGUGUGCCGUGUUCCUGUAACACGGACUACUCGAGAGGGUUGGGCUGUAAUGCGCUUACCGGCCAGUGCGAGUGCCUAUCGGGAGUUGUUGGAGAAAAGUGUGACUCAUGUCCGUACCGGUGGGUGUUGAUUCCGGACAGCGGUUGUCAGGAGUGUGACGUUUGCCAUCACGCGCUGCUGGAUGUGACCGAUGGGCUGCGUUUGGACGUGGAUCCGGUGUUGAACGACAUUAAGACAAUCGCGGAUGACUACUACACGUCGCAGAAAUUGAAGUACUUUGACGAUAUGGUUGACAAGCUGGAACCCAAGGUGCGAAGCUUGGAUCCGCAUGGUGUCAAUUUGAACCCGUCCCGAAACAAGGUGGAGUCGCUGGAAGCGGAGGUGAAAACUCUCGAUCGUCGUAUUCAGUAUGCUGAUGAAAACGCGAAAGACAUGUCGGUAAACAGCGAAAACCUGCUGGCUGCUGCAUCGAACGUGCUUGAUGACUGCCGUUUGGUGCACAUCAACACCCAAAACACGAUCGCUGAGGUGCUAGUGUUGGGGGCGAAUCUUGGCUCAUCGGAGAUCACCAAGCUAGAUCAGGCAUUCGCCGAGGCGAAGAACUAUCUCGACAACAUCAUGCAGUACUCGAUAACGCCGGAAACGCUGAACGCCCAACUAGAGAAUGCAACUCGUCUGCUGGAACGCGUCGAGAUGUUUGGAGAACCGGUGCAGACGCAGCACGAACAGCUGGCCAGGCUGAUGCACGACAUCGGUGAGUUCGACGUGAAACUGGAGGACCUGUACACGUGGAGUCUGAAGGUGGAGCGUGAAAGUGGCAUCACGUCAAGGCUUAACAACAAGAACAAGGGCUCGGUUAACACAAAAUUCGACACGGUAACGGCGCAUGCGAAGGAAGCUACGGAAAACAUCGAAAACAGCAAGGCACUGUUGUUGAAUUCGAGCAACAUCAUGAAGGAUAUCGACAUCACCCACAGGGAGGUGGGUAAUGUGAACAGAGCGCUGCUGGAGCUCAACAACGGCAUGGAUACGGAGCUGCCGAUCACGUACGAAGAGCACCAGAAGUUGAAUCCGUUGAUCGAGAAGGCAUCGUAUCAUGCUGACGCGCUGAUGAUCGAUGCGCAGAGUUUGUCGGAAAAGUACACCGAUGUGACGGCUAACUCGGAAACGGCUUUGCAAGCGGCCACGGCUCACUCGAAGAUUGUGGACGCAGUGCAGGAGGCGGCUGAUGCGAUCCAGAACGUCACAACCACGGCACAGAAGGCAACAGAUCAAACGAAAGGUAUCGACAACAGGGCGGCCGAAUCGGAUAGCACGUCACGCGAGCUGCUGAAUGAAGCUCAGCGAAUGUUCACGACGCUGCAAACGCAACUAGAACCUCAAAGCAAGCAGGCACUGGACACGGUGGACGGUGUUAAGGAAAAGAACGCCCAUAGCGACGAUAUGCUGUACUCGAUCAAUGGUGCUCUGGAUGGUAUUCCGGAGGAAUCGCACACGGAUAGCUGGGAGAAUGCUCGUGAUCAAGCCGUUGAAGCUCAAGGCAAGUCACAUAACUCGAUGAAGAUCCUCGACCCGAUGAUCAGUGAUCUUUCGAGAAGUGUGUACUUGGCGGAGCAACUCCCGAAGGAGGUCGACAACACGCAGAAGGACAUCAAACAAGCGACGACACAAGUGGAGGCACUGAAAACGAUGGUUCCGCACAUUCGACAGCUGGUGGAGAAGCUUGACGCGAAGCAGAACUCCGUGGAUUCGAUUGUGAGUGAUAUAGGCGAUCGGUUGGAGUCGUUGAAGCGACAAAUCGGUGAGGCUAGAUCAUUCGCCAACACCAUCAAGGUCGGUAUGCUGUUCCAUCCGAACACGACGGUCGAGUUGAAACCACCGCAAAGCAUCUCGCAAAUGGCAACGAACUCGAACGUGUCGGUGUUCUUCCGCACGGAUAAACCGGAAGGGUUCCUGCUCUACCUCGGUAACGAAGUGAAACCGGAUGGAAGGAAGAGCUCUCGGGAUGAUUACAUGGCGCUAGAGAUCGAGAACGGUUACCCGGUGUUGUCGAUCGAUCUUGGGAAUGAUCCCGAGAAGGUGAUCAGUCCGAAGUAUGUGGCUGAUGAUAGAUGGUAUCAGGCGAUCGUGGACCGCACCGGUAACAACGUGAAGCUGAUCAUCCGUGAGGAGCUGGACAAUGGAACGGAUGUGUUCCACACGAAGGAACAAGUGCUGCCCGGUGCGUACAACGUGUUCAAUGUGGAUCAGAACAGUAAGCUCUUCAUCGGAGGAUACCCACCGGAGUACAACAUGCCGCAGGACGUGAAAUCUAGCGAAUUCGAUGGGCGUGUCGAGCAGCUACAAAUUGGCGGGGAACAUGUCGGUUUGUGGAACUUCAUCGAUGCCCAGAAUGUGUACGGAUCGCCGGAACGUGAGUCGCUACGUAACGAGGAGAACCCAUCGACCGGAUUCCGGUUCAGCGGAAACGGAUACGUCGCGAUCGAUUCGAAACCGUUCACGUUCAAGCAGCAAUCACAGCUGCAGUUCCAGUUCAAGGCACCACCAGAGACGCGCGAUGGUUUGCUGUUCUACGCGGGCAAAAACAAACACUUUAUCUCGGUGGAGAUGCGCGAUGGUGCGGUGAUGUUCCAGUUCAAGCUUGGUCAGCACGCGCAAGCCGUCACGAUGGGAUCGAGCAGCGCAUUCAAUGACGAUCGGUGGCAUAAGAUUUCGGUCGAGCGUGAUGGGAACAUCGGUAAGCUGACGGUGGACGAUCGUGAAGUGUUCCAGCAGACGGGAUCAGCGGAACAUCAGCAGCUGCACAUCUCGGAGGCUAUCUACUUCGGUGGGUAUCACAGCCGGGUGAACCACUCUGAGGUCACCUCGAAGGGCUUCGAUGGAUGCAUCGACGAUGUGUACAUUUUGGGCAACAAGGUGGACCUUAGUCUCAACGUGAAGGCACUCGACGUGCGUCCAGGAUGUCCGAUGAAGUUCUCGCCACUUGUGUCCUUCCCUCCGCGUCAGUUCGGUUACGUGAGCCAACCAGGAGUGGGAUCUGAGAACAGUCUGCAGGUUAACUUGAAAUUCCGCACAACCCAACGUGAAGGAGUGCUCUUCUACACGAGCAACUACGAUCAGAGCGGCACACUGGGUCUGGCGCUGUAUAACGGAAUGCUCAUGUUGAGCAGCCCGGGAAUUGAACUCGUCACGCACCAUCAAACGUUCAAUGAUGGCGAAUGGCACGCUGUAACCGCCGGUCAUGAUCAUGAUCGGCUGACGCUAGUGGUGGAUGAUCAGGAUCCACUCUUUAGCCCCUAUCCACCGCAACCUUUGAACGUUGAAAAUGGCGACAUUUACUUCGGCGGGUUGCCAAAGAAUUAUGUCACCCCAAGGAAUGCGCUCGGAUCAAACGCGUACUUUAUGGGCUGUCUGAGCGAUAUUACGGUGAACGGACAGAUCGUUAACUUUGCGGCGUUAACUGACAAGAAAUCGGCCGUGCUGGAUCAGUGCUCGAAGGAACUGUUCCUUGAGGACGUUGAUGUGCCACUGUUCUACCCAGACGAUGGUAAAGAUCCGCAAGUGUUUGUCCACAGUCGAAUCGAUGUGGAUAGUGACCAACCAGGCAAGUACGACGAAGAUGGCGAAGAAGAGAAGGACUCACGGACGCCUGACCAUGGUCGCAAGCCUACACCGAUGGUUCCGUCAGCUCCGCCGAGUGAACUUCCGCCUCGUCAAACAACGUCCGCAACGACGACUACUACCUCUACUACCACGACGACGACGACGACGACUACGAAACGUCCGCGUCCUGCACGACCAGACGAACCAGAGCCGGUGUGCAAGUUGCCAGUGACACCGGUGCAGGAUGUUGAUUUCGAUUCGGGUUACCGUUUCGGAACGGGCCAGUUCAGUCACAUCGAGUUCAGUGAGGUUCCGUUGAAGAACAAGCGUCAGUACGACUUCUCGUUCAGCUUCAAGUCGGAGUUCUCCGAGGGUGUUCUGUUCUACGUGGCAGAUCUGCGCCACACCGACUUUAUCGCGCUGUAUAUGCGCGAUGGUAAGGUGUACCAUUCGUUCAACUGUGGUUCCGGAUCGACCAACAUGUCUUCGGAGCGCAGGUACGACGAUGACGAGUGGCACACGGUGCACUUCUCGCGGCAAAACAACAAAGGCAAGCUGGUGGUGGACAGUGAGGACGAAUCGCACGGUGAGUCCACUGGAACCACGCGCACGAUGGCCUUGCAGGCGCCCAUGUUCGUUGGUGGCGUGAGUAGUGAGAACUACGAGGAAGUAGCGCUUAAUCUUAAGAUUGACAAGAACGUGCUGGAGCGAAACCAGUUCGUUGGUUGCAUUAACCAAAUCGAAGCCAGCGGACGUCCAUUGGCCGCACCCUCGAACAUUUCCCGCACGAUACCGUGCUCGUCACAGAUCGAAACGGGCAUAUUCUUCGGCAAUGGCGGUGGGUUCGUGAAGCUGCACGAUAAGUUCAAGGUGGGCAAUGAGCUGACCGUCAGCAUGGACAUACGACCACGUGCAACGAGCGGUCUGCUGAUGUCCGUCCACGGACGUAAGGCGUACUUCGUGCUGGAGAUGAUCAACGGCACGAUCAGCCUAACGGUGAACAAUGGUGAUGAUCCGUUUACUGCCACCUACACGCCGGCACCGGAUGAAAACCUUUGCGAUGGUCAGUGGCGCACGGUUUCGGCCAUUAAGUCGCAGUAUGUCAUCACCAUUAAGGUGAACGACGUCAGCUCGAAUCCGGCCAUCGGUGAUGCACGAACUCCGUCGACCGAUACUACUCGACCACUGUUCCUCGGUGGACAUCCUCACUUGCAGAAGAUUCGAGGAUUCGUUGCUCGUGCACCGUUCCAGGGAUGCAUUCGCAAUGUGAAGGUGCGAGAUACGGUCGAGCAGAUUACACCAAAGAUGACGGUCGGCAAUGUGCAGACAGGCGUUUGUCCAACGAUCUAAGUUGGACCGAUAAUCUAGGGUUAUACGAGCUUGGGAUAACCUCACUUAUAGCUAAAUAACGAUGAACGGUUUCGGCGAUGAAUUGUGGGCUAACGAUUAUUGGAAUACGAUUCUGGAUUUUGGUUGUGCGAUUGUUUGGAUUAACGGGCUAUAAACCAACUGCUGCUGUACUAUGGAUUUUGCUGUGUUGGAAACUCUGGAGGAAUUAUGCUGAGGAUUUUAUAAUUUUUUUCUCUAUUUUUUGUCUCCCUUUUUGCCUAUGGACGAAUCUCUUCUUUUUCCAAAGCAUCGGAAAGCGAAUAGGUAAAAUACCCUCUCCUAACCUAUCUCAUUUUGAAUGUACUCUGGAAAAACCAUUAAAAUAAUUAAUUUUGAUUUCAUUUAAAACGCUGUAUAAAUGGAAAUGCCAUAUUUUAACGACUCUACCGUUAGUUGUCUCUUUUUCGAUAAAGCGUAUAAUACAAAAUUAUCUACAGAAAUUCAUACAAGGAAGAUAGCUAACAAUACCCAGUGCCAUUGUUGUUCGAAAUCACGAACAUAUGUACCGACAUUUUUAUACGAGGCAAGCGCAACGCCAAACCAAACGAGCGCUAGCGUG